AUGGUGGCUAAUGGUGACGCACCUGCAAGAGGGAGUGCAGCUGCAGCUGCAAGCCUGCGCCGACGUAGAACCACCGGUGGUGGUGCUGCUGCUGGAGGUGGUGGUGGUGGUGCCAGUACAAUGCUUCAGUUCUACACCGAUGAGGCUGCUGGGCGCAAGAUGUCCCCAAAUGCUGUUCUGAUCAUGAGCAUAGGGUUUAUUGCCGUCGUUGCCGUACUCCAUGUUUUCGGCAAGCUGUACCGCACCCCUAAUUAG